AUGGGCCAACCCCCUAAAGGAAUAUUGACUGACCAGUGUAAGGCUAUAGGGAAGGCAGUGGAAAAUGUGUUUGAAGAUGUGCCGCAUAGGCUGUGUUUAUUUCACAUUAAGCAAAACGCUGCAAGGAACUUGGGGAAGUUACCGAGAUGGAAGGAGAUAGAGGCAGAUUUGGAUCAUGUUGUUCACGAUAAUUUUAGCAUUGAAGAGUUUGAGGAUGCAUGGAAGGAUAUGGUUAUAAAGUACAAGUUACAAAAAAACACUUGGUUAAGUGACGCAUAUGCUAAUAGGCAUCGGUGGGCGCUUGGCUAUUGGCGUGGGCUCUUUUGGGAUGGCAUGUCAUCAACGCAACGUAGUGAAAGCACGAACCAUGGUGUAAAAGUGUACGUUAAUUUGAAUACUAGGCUGAUGCAAUUCAUGAAUCAAUUUAAUGCGUAUUGUGGUGGCUUAGUGGAAACGGAAAAGGACCUAAAUUACCAAACAAAGCGUAAUCCAUUUUUCUAUGACAACACUGUAUUAGCCGAGGUGGUGUUUAGCAAGGCUUACACUAAUGAGAAGUUUUUAGAGGUGAGGGACGAGGUGAUAGGGCUAAAGCACACCAAUAUAGUUAAAACAGGUAACAUAGGGUCAAUAAAUUUGUAUGAUGUAGACGAGAAGAUCCCCAAACCAGUAUGGAAAGCAACGAGGCGGACGUUUAAGGUUUCCAUUGAUAAGGAAAAAGGCGAAUUUAGUUUCAGCUGCAAGCUGUUUGAGUUUAGGGGUAUCUUGUGCCGGCAUAUGAUCAAGGUGAUUCAUACUGAAGAUAUCGAGUGCAUCCCAGAGAAGUACAUUUUGAAUCGAUGGAGGAAGGAUCUCGUUAGGGAUUAUGAGGGCAUAAAGGUGUCUUAUUACGAACCUAAGGAUUCAUCUAACGUAGCUCAGAAAGAUGAAAUUCAAAGGAGGCACAAAUACCUUUCAACGUUAGCAAUGCACAAUGAUGAGACACUCUCAAUGUAUUAUGAAGCAACUAACAAAAAACGUACUGCUCUUGAAGAUGUUAUUGGUAUUCGUAGGACUGAUGAAGUGGAUGGUUUUGAUUGGAGUCACCCAUCCAUGAAUAGAGUUUUUGGCCGGCGUAGGAUAAGGCCUAAGGAGAAUAAUUAA